GACGUUGUCCUCAGCUCUACGUAGGUGCAGUGUCGCUUUUAGUGACGGAUUCCGCCGUUAAUAGCGAGUUAUAGGUCGUAGUAUCUAUUGUCAUGAGGAACGAAGCAAGAGAUGCACUUACCCAGGUGCCUGUCACGGCAAUCCCGUCACCCAACGUCUGUCUCUACUUCACACCUCCACCAGAUUUCUAUAUAUUCACCCAUCUCCUCUUAUUUCCACCUAUCCUAUGCUUCAUCCUCCUUUCCGCCCCCAACGACACUACCUCACCCUUACCUAGGUAUUUCAAGGAGGGGCUGCAUUGACACGAAGUGCCGGGGUGAGAGAGGAGUUGUAGAAAGACAAGUAGUAUCUAAUGCUAAUUAGAGUUCCGCACCAGAUGCAAGCCUCGAAUAUGUGUGAAUAAACACUACUAAUG